AUGAGGCUCCUUCUCGUACUUACUGUGCUCGUGGUGGCCAUCUUCCUGACCUCCGUUCACUGCGCCUCCUCCGCCUCCGAUACAUCCGACACAUCCGACGCAUCCGACACAUCCUUGGGAUCGACAGAAUAUGAUGAGUCUGACAGCUCCAGUGGUUCUGUCUCCGACUCGGAAAUAGCCUCCACGACAUCCACCACGACCACCACCACCACCACCACCACCACAAAAGCCCCUGUGACCCACAGGAUUCAUCGCCGAAGACGCCGCAUCAUCAGGAGAACCAUACGGAGGCGAGAAGCCGAAGGGAGACGUCGACGUGGUUAA